AUGAUGCUCAUUGGCGAAGAUCCGCGCAAGCACAUAGCAAAUUACAGUCGGGACUUCGAGAAAACCUUCAUAGAGCUUCUUCGCACUACACAUGGUACCAAGUCAAUCAACGCGAACCACUUUUACCAACAAAUUGUCUCCGAUAAGGAACAUAUUCACAUGAACAGUACGCAAUGGAAGAGCUUGUCACAAUUCGUCGCGCAUCUAGGAAGAGAAGGCAAAUGCCGGGUGGAAGAUACCGAGAAGGGCUUGUUCAUUGCUUGGAUCGAUAAUAGCCCGGAAACACUACGUCGCCGGGAAGCGGUCUUGAAAAAGGAACGCCAGGAAAAGGGCGACGAAGAACGAGAACAGCGUCAGAUUAAGGAUCAGAUCAAACGGGCCGCUGCACUAGCCAAGCCAGAAGAGGAAGAUCCCGAGGAAAAACUGCUGCAGCGCAAGGAAGGCGAAAAGAUGAAGUUGGACUUCCAUGGACUUGGCGCGAAAAAGACCGAGCCAAAGCCUGACUCGGCUACAACUACGACGACUACAGCACCGGGGGCGGCUGAAGUCACGAAAUCCCCCGAAUCAACUGAUGUUCCAGCUGAGGCUACUGACUCCCCUGCGGCCUCUGCCCCGGCACCUGUCAAACUUUCAAUGUCAAUGGGGCCCCAGAAGCCCAAGAAUGUUUUCGCCGCGGCUAAGAAGAAUCCUCUGGCUGGGAAGAAGGGCUCUGUUCUUGCACCCCCGAAGAAAAUGACUGAACAGGAACGCAUCAUGAAAGCCGAAAUGGAGGCGAUGGAGCGGAAGCGUUCUCGCCCGGAAUCUGGGUUUAUGAACAAACGUCCAAAGAUGGCUUGA